AUUUUAUUUCCACACACACAAUUAUCAUUACAGGCUGAACCCAAUGCGAUAAUGCAGCAACAAAUUAAAUAUACAAACAGACAAAAACAAGUACUUAUAUCUAACAACAUUAUACAUGGUAUUUAUUUAGUCACCUGCAAUAAUUUACGGGGUGAAUAUAUAGGUCAUACUGAGCAACUUUUACUAUGGGACCAACCCCGAAAUCGCAAAAAAAAAUUAGCUUUUUCAUACAUUAUGGCUGUCUGACCAUGAUAAUUUCUAUGGGAGAGUAUUUUUUUUUUCGUGUUUUCGGGUUUGUUAAAUUAUGGAGUGUGGAUAUAAAAGGAAAGAAAUCUCGUAUGAUAGAACUGUUGCAAAAAUGUCCAGCUGUCAGCUAUAAAUAAUAGUUCCAAAUCUCUCCAGAGUAGCGCUAAAAGUGUCCAGCUGUCAGCUAUAAAUAAUAGUUCCAAAUCUCUCCAGAGUAGCGCUAAAAGUGUCCAGCUGUCAGCUAUAAAUAAUAGUUCCAAAUCUCUCCAGAGUAGCGCUAGAGUAGCUAAGAAUCUAGGCGUUAUUUGAUGACACUUUUUGGUAUAUGGAGAUUUCUUUCCCUACCUCCACCUUCCAUAAGUAACAUAUUAUUGCAAGUCAAUCCUAACAACAAUGUAAAAUUUUGUAUUUUUUGGAGUUUUAUGACCUAGAUGCUGCUGCUCUGUAAGCUAAAACCUAGAAACUUGAGGAAACCUAUGCUGGCGACAUCUAUAAUAGUUAUGUUUUGCAAGGGGGCAAAAUGUUGUUGAACCCUCGUGCUAAUAUUAAUACCCAAGCAAAACAUUCUAAAAUUGAGACAGGAGCGUAGCGAGUUGUUCAAAAAGUUGAAUCUUGAGCGUAGCGAGGGUUUGAUUGAAGACACCAGGGAUAAACUUUUGCUACUGAGUGAAACACAAAAUAUUUCACCACUAACUGGAGGAGAGAAAUAUUUAACAAUCAAAAUCAUCACUUUAAACGUCCACUUUGCCACACUUGUGAAUAACAUGCAACUUCCUAAUCAGUUUUGGAAGAAUAAAUAGCCGUUUUACUAGCUGGUGUGGUAAAUCCUGUGACAAACCCAUGAUACAUGAUGCAGGUGCAGGGAUAGGAGUGUUCAGUACGCUGACGCUGCCCUCAGGGGUCCGCUUCGGGCCCUAUCGGGGCCUGAAGACCCGCGCCGUGACCUCGUCCUACUGUUGGCAGAUUUUCGACCGAGAGCGCAAGCCCUCACACGUUCUGGACGCGCGCGACGCCAACAAGUCCAACUGGAUGCGCUACGUCAACUGCUCGCGGCACUUUAGCGAGCAGAACCUUGUGGCGUUCCAGUACCAGGGCCAGCUGUACUACAGGACAAUAAAAAUAAUCCCUAGCUUCACGGAGCUGCUGGUGUUCUACGGGAGCGAGUUCGCCAGCGAGCUGCGCGUGGACCUGCGGCGGUACCACGCGCCCUGCACACAGACACUCGCAGUAAAAUGUGAAGCUGAAAACGACGUAAUCUCUAAAAUACUUCAUGAAGAGAAGCUUAUUACUGAGACUUCCGUUGAUAACAAAGAAAAUGUGCACAUCCCAGAGCCUCUGGAAGUUGCACCAAUUUAUGAUGAGAAUAAAUGUUCCUCUGAGGGUGAAUUUUUAAAAAGUCAUUUGAAUGAGCAAAAUGAAAAUAUUAGUCAAAAUGAGAAUAAUAACAGUAACAAUAGACAGAUAGUUGAUGGAAAACCCAUUAUCAAUGACAUAACAGAUAGUUAUGUUAAAAAUGUAGCUACAAAUAUUGAUAACAAAGUUAAAACAUAUUCAUGCCCAAUCUGUGAGGGCGCAUUUUUGAAUAAAUGGGAGUUUAUCAACCAUGAUAUUAAAAUUCAUAAUUCAAAGAAAAAUUACAAAGCUUGCACCAUAUGCGAUUAUAAAACUGAAAGAAAUGGUCAUUUAAAACAGCAUAUGGAAACUCAUAACACGCUUGAAUAUAAAUGUGAUAUAUGCGAGUAUAAAACUCCGUAUAGCAAGUACUUACAAAGGCAUGCAAAGACACAUGAAAAAUUUACUUGUAAGAUUUGCAAAGACAAAUUUGAAACAAGUAAAAAAUUACAAACGCAUCUGAUACUUCACCAGGAAAAAACAUAUGAUUGCACAAUAUGUAAGUUGACGUUUCAUAUAGAAAGUGAAUUUAUCACUCAUUUCAAAACUCAUACAGAACAGAGACUUCACAAAUGCACUAUUUGUGGGAAACCAUUCAGAACACCCUCGUGCGUAAGAAGGCACAUGAUGACGCAUAGCCAAGAUAAACCAUACACAUGCGAGAUUUGCAAGUCCGGUUUUAGACAGCCAUACCGUUUGAAGCGCCACAUGAAAGUACACAGUAAUGAAAAACCUGAGGUAAACCAGACAUUCUAAAUUCAACUUUCCUGAAGAACUUAUAAUGAGAUAAUUUUUAUAAAUGUUAACCAAAUGACUUAAAUAAUAUGUUGUUUAAUGAACAAUUUAUAAACUAUGAUUUUAAUAAUAAAUUUAAAUAGGGUAUUAUAAUUAUUCAUAAACGAGGACUGAUAAAUUGGAAAGUCUAUAAUUUGAAUGUUGUUUUGUUUAUGUAACAUAAUAUAACUUGUUUUCAGGCUUAGGACUUUUGGUAGCAUACCGUGGUUUAGAAUCUAUGGAGUCUUGGUUUUGGGACAGAAAAUGUCUGAUGAAAAAAAUUAUAUUUCUGUUUUACAAUUGUAAAGAAUGUGUUUAAUUAGGCGGGUCCACACAGAGAGAGUAUACGCACGAGGCAAUUUCCUCACCCACAAAGCGACCAGUGUAGACGUGCCUCGGCCGAGGCGGCGCGAUCAGGCAACGAAAACGUGCGCGCCGCCCCAGCUCCUCAUCCGGGGCGGCGUCACGUCUACACUGGCCGGUUUGUGCGUGAGAAAAUUGCCUCGCGCGUAUGCUGGCUCUGUGUGGAUCCGCCUAAUAAGAGUGUUAUGUUAUGUCCACUUCUAUUCUCCAUUCAAUAUUUACCAAGAUGUACUGAAGAACCCUCCUCUUCUCUGAUCUUAUCUUAUUAAAUAUUGAUUGGAGAAAAAACUGUAUCUAACAAUUCUUUUCGAUUGUAAAAGAAAAAAAAUUAUAUGUUCCAAAAACGACCCUCCUACCCCAUACCCCAAUCGUUUAUUCUGUUUACUAGAAUUCACGUAAUUUUUACAUAUACAUAUACAUGUAAUAUUUACUCUGACUUUGAAAAAAUAAAAGUUUGCGACUCCAUGGAUUCUAGAACCAUGGUAUGCUGCCAAAAUCCUAAGUCUACUUAUUUUAAUUGUGAUGAUUCUUAGCAUUGUGUUGAUUUUUUAUGUGAUUAUGAUUGAAUUAUUUUUAAUUGUUAAUGUAUUUUAAUUUACCAUGGUGUUCUGAAAAGCUAGAGAAAUAAAGCAAAUCAAUGAA